CGGUGAGGUUGGCGCAGUCCACCUGCACGCGGCACCCGAUACACACAGUGAGAAGCUCCGCUCGCCGCAGCCCAGGUCGGAGGCUCACGCGAGGCUCACCCCAGGACAACACCGGAACCGUGUGAGCAGCCCUCGCCCAGCCCGCUGCGGACACCUCUCCAGCUGCCUGUGUCGCCCCCCACGGCCAGACACACCUGGGUUUAAGACGUCAGGUUGUAUGGUUUGCGUGGGGCGGCGGUAAGGAGCGGAGGCGGCUGUGACUCUGUGGCCGGGCUGGAGAAGGAGGAUGCAGCUGGGGCGGGCGUGGGCGGUGGUGCUGCUGGUACUGGUGGCGACCGCUGCCGUAACGGAGGCCAAGAAGGGCAAGGGGCGCGGUAAGAACAGGCGCAAGUUUGGCAGCCGAGGCAUCAUCAAAAAUUUCAAGUCUGAGGCCAGCCGUGCUUACUACAACCACAACGGCGGCGCCAAGAUCACACUGUGGUCGCACUUCGAGUCUGAGUACGUGCUGGGCCGCAAGAUCGUGUUCAUGUGCAAGGCGGAAGGAGAGCCGCGCCCGGUCAUCACCUGGUUCAAGGACGGCAUUGAGCUCUACUCCCACUCCUUCUUCCAGGUACACGAGUGGCAGGAGGGACCCAAGGCCAUCAAGAGCAAGAUGGAGAUCGACCCUGCCACGCAGAUGGACGCCGGCUACUACGAAUGCCAGGCCGACAACAAGUACGCCGUGGAUGUCAAGGGCUUCAGUGCCGACUACUCUAUAGAGUUUGUAUGAGCGGCACCUCCUCCCGGCAGCCACUCCUCAACACCGACAACCGCCACCACCACCACCACCACCACCACCGCUGGCGGCCACACCACCGCGUCUGCCGGGAGGGCGUCUGUAGUUCGCGGCGCCUUGCACCACCCAGGAUGAGCUGAGCCUUCACGUGGCGGCGUCACGAGCGUCUCUUUCUUUCCACAUCUCGACGACCAGCUCAAGAAAUACUCGUUGGAUCAAGAGGACGACCACUGCAGUUAGUGUAGCUUUGAGGAGAUUGGGAAGCAGGAAUCACUGACUGUUACGAGGGCUGGAUUUCAGAAACACAGAGGAAGAUUUUGUAGAUUUUUCUGGAUGUUGGUCACUGCUCGCUGAGGGUGAUGGGGGGAGUGUCCUGCUGGCAGACUUGUGAAAAGUAAUUUUUUCGUUAGUGGUGAGCGGACUGAAUGUUAGGAUAUCAGGUUGGAGCACUGGCAGAACUGGUCACCGAGCCUACCACGAGGGGCGAGCUACUUGACUUUGUCGUCAUUUGUCUUUUGGGAUGCAGGGAACGUAGGUAAGCCAUCAGGGUAAUAAACUAAGUAUUCCGUAUUGAAGAAUGAAUACUGGACUGUUUAUCGUUUGUAGAGGCAAUGAAGAGGGAUUUAUGGAAGAAACACGAUAGAGGAUAAAAUAAGGUAUACAAAGUAACAAGAGGGUGUUCUUCUUUUAUGUAAUACACUUCUAUACCACAUUCCUCCUCCUCCUCCUUUCUUCUGCUCUUCCACCUCUGCACACACCUCAGGCUCCUCUGUAUUCCGUUGGGGGAAAAAAGUGAAAAAUGGUGCUCUCUUAGACUGCCUCUCUGCACACUUUGUCCUUUCUCCGAACCAGCAGGAUGAUAGCUGGAAGCUUUCUCAUUUAACUCAGCAGGUAACGCUGGUUUCCCCAGCCAGGCCAGGUACGCACCUUCAGGCUACAGUGGCUCCAUUCACGUCAGGGAAGAGUUUUCGUUCGGACUCGGUUACAAUGACUUCGUUCACUAGGUCAAGGAAAUAAAAUAGUAUUGGUGCAGGUCUGAAGCACAUUUUUGUAUAGUGUGCGGGGUUUUGUUUUGAGGGCAAGGUAAUGUUUCAAUCUGUGGUGAUCGUUUCCCAUACUUGAUAUGAAGAAAACGUUUUUUGCAUGUCACUAUGUGAGAUAAGGAAAACGUUCUGAGGCUGGCUGCCUAUCAUAGAAACGUAAUAAUUCAACAUCGACUUUUUUCACGAUACCGCUUAAUGCUUUGGCCACGACCCUGAUGCUUUGCUUAGGUCAGGGAGACACUUUCUGGUGUUGGUGACUGUUCUGCAGGUCAGGAAAACAGUUAGGGCACACCACUUGAUCCAGCAGGCCUGAGGGACACCACUGAGCAAUAGAAUGGCUCGUCUAGGCAGCUUAACAUGCCAGCAUGUUCUUCCUAUGCCUUCCUUCUGGCUUCAGCAAACCAUUCUUUCCUGCGUCCGGGGAAUAACCUUCAGCUGUCUUACCCUCGCUUGUCCAAGGAGUGACCGGGUCGCCGGCACCUGUUCUUGUUCCUGGCUUUUUAAUACACACUGUACGCGCAUCGCAGCGUCUGUAGAGCAUCCCGCGCCUUGCUUCCCGCUACGUUUCGUUUUACUGAUUCACACAGCAACUCACCAAUGUCCACCAACUUGUCAUGUUAAUACAACAAGUGGUUCAGAUGAUCAAGAAGGAUUUUGUCUCCUUGAGGUCAUCACAACACACAUGAAGACAGUUCAGUGAUCUAAGUCAGAUAAUGUGUAUCAACGUGUUAUCAGUGUCAUGCAGGAGAAGUGAAGUACUGUAUGUGUGUAUGAGGGCUAUGAAGCACAAAUAGUUUCAGGAUAUUAUAUGUUUUAGAAUACGUGAUUAUAGAAUGCAAUGAAGCGAAGAUGUACAUAGAGGCAGCUGCCCCAGUUAUUCGCAUUAUCCUGUCAGGCGUCAUGUAUAACAUUAACCCUUCCACUGCUACUUUUCUUUCAACAGCUUUUUAGAUAUAUUUUUGUACUCCAGUUUCUUAAAAAAUUGACUAGACCACAAAUGACAAAAUUGACAUUUCUUUUUCUGCAUAAUCAUACAAACAAAUAUUUUUUUACAGAACUCUGAAUAUCAAACAGACAUGAACAUGAGCAGUAAAAGGGUUAAUGCACCACUACUCCAUGAUCCAAGUUCUUUACAGUUGUUCAGGAGUUGUUCUUUGUUUAUGUGUUCAGUACGAUGCAUUACCCACCUCCUCUCUCCCUCCCCCCACACCCUAAGUGCAGGUGCUCCCUCGCGGCCCAUCUGUGGCUACCCGUGUGACCCUCGCUCCUCGCUCCCUCUGUUCCUCUCCACCUUACAAUUAUGCAGUUAUCCCACCUGCUCCUCUGCUUCCCUUGUACCCUCCCCUUCCCUUGUGUGUGUGUGUGUGUGUGUGUGUGUGUGUGUGUGUGUGUGAGACCGCCUUAGGUUUAUGCACACAAUGAGGCACACAGCACGUCGCCAUUGCUCCUCUGAUUCCCACGAUGCACCUGCCCUGCACUGCGUCACGGGCGAGGAGCAAGAAGCGUGCCGUGAACCAUAUUUCCCUGCGUCGAGUGCGUGUGUCCUGCAUGACGUGGAACACACCUGAGCACACCUGCCCAUACCUGUCCAAACCUGUCUUGCUUUAUUAUACCUUCAUCCAGCAACUGUAGCGAUUUUAAGGUGUGGAGUGUAACUGGGUUGAAUUUCAAUGCUCCCUCAGGUGAAUAAGCCUGUUAGUCAGGUUAUUUGUCAUUAUUCAACGAGUCAAAGGGGCAGUCGGAGAAGUCUAUGAUAUUUUGUUAUUUAUUAGUCAUUGCAUAGAUAGUGAGUCUGUUAUUCAGUUUAAGUUUGCUGAAUCAGUUAGAGUUAGUCAGUCAGUUAGUAUGUCAGCAAAUGGGACAAUGAAUCAGUCUGCUAUUUUUUUUUUUUUUGUUAGUCAGUCACUGUGUCGGCUUGUGUGUGUUAUUCAUUUUAAAUCCGCUGAGUCAAUUAGUGUUAGUCAUCCAUUUAGUGUAUCCCUUAGUCAGACAAUCAAUGAGUUAGUUAAGUUAGCCAGUCGAUACAUCACGUGGCGAUUCAGUCAUUCAGUAUAAUAUUGCUUAUUAGUGAUUCAGUCUGUGUGCCGGCAGGUCGGAGAAUGAGCUGAGUCAGUAGGUGAGUGAGUGCCGUUGUCACAGCCCUUCAUCAUGUUUCGGUACCUUGAUCUGCCACCAGCACCUGCACCUUGCUCAACCCUCCACCCCACACCGCGCCCUCUCAUGCUCUCUGCCUUCCCUUGCUUCUUGAUCCCCUGCCUCUGCCUCUGCCUCAUAUCUAGUCCUUGCUUCACCAACGCCUUGCCUCCCCUGCCACCUCCACCGCCCCUUCGGCCUGUCAGCCCCACCUCACACAUCCUCCUAGUACCUGUCACAGUCAAGAAAUACUAUAUUUUAUCGUUACUAGAAAGAAAGUAGUGUUACGUAUACCUGUCAGUCACCUGUCUUUAGUAGUUAAGAGUUGGUUACUUGUUAAAACAUGUAUUUGACGUCCAUUAUUAUGCAUAUCAUACAUAUGUACACUAUUAGUCUUGUUGCAUAUUGAUACUGCUCCAGAGUGCUAUAUGUAUCAUAUAGUAUUUACUACAUAUAUAGGUUAGAUAUGAUUAUAUUGGUGCACUUAGCUAUAUUCAUAAUAAAUUGUACUCUACUGGUGA